AUGGCUAAUCCUUUCUAUUCUGAAGAAGAUCAACUCAAAGAAAAUAGCAGGUCUGGGUUGGGUGAGUUAACUUAUGAUUUACUAUUUCUGAUUGAUUUUUUAGAUCCGGUAAAAAGUUAUACCGGGGGUUCAAGCAACAAUGUUGAAGAUCAGAUAGCUGACUAUGAGCGUGAAGUUGAGAAGUAUUUACAAAUGUCAGUGGAUAGCACACAGCGUUCUGUUAUGCAGUUAGACUCAUCUGAUAAAAUGGCAGAAUCGACAGCUAGGAAUUUGUUGGAGCAACGAGAGAAGUUGGAGCGUGCCGAAAAAAAUCUGGAUGAAAUUCAUACUACGACACAAUACACACAACGAAGCCUUAAUAGCCUUAAAUCUUUGUUCGGUGGAAUGUUCAAGAAUAAAUUCUCACGCUUGCCAAAGGAGAAGCCGAAGGAUGGAAACUCGUUUACUUCGUCAAAGUCGGCAGAUCAACUUAGCAAAAUUGUUAACAGUGAUAUCUCUUCUGGUUCAACCUCCGUUAACAAUUCCAAAUCAACUACCCUGAGUGCCUGUGGCCCUUCACUUAGUGAAUCAUCUCGUGCUCAAAUUCAAGGGACUCGUUGGGAAGCUAUGGACAACCAAGUUGAUCAAAACCUUGAUCAAAUGAGUGCUCAACUUGCUCGUCUUCGAAUGUGGGGUUCAGCGCUUGGUGAUGAAGUGGAUGAUCAGAAUCGUAUGCUUGAUCGUAUUCAUACCAAAACUGAACGUAAUGACGCUGUUGUUCGUAGUCAGGAGGGACAGAUGCGAAAAUUAUUGGGUUGA